UUCGCGAUCGGAGGCUAGUUGCGACUCCACGCGAAAACCGCUGCUAAUAUUAGCGCGGGAAAGCGCUCAGUGUGUCUGUGCGCGACUGAACGCUCGGGUUUUUCCAGGGCGGGCGGCGCGCGCAUCGCACCCUGCCACUGCCCGGAGCUCAUUAUCCAGCUCGCCAUUAUAACAAACACACGCUGCCCUCCAGCACGUCUACCGAAUAUCUAUAACUAUAACAAUAAACAAAGUGAACGUGUGAGUGCUGUGAAAUUACGGGACAUUCGGAUUGACUAAGUGUCGUUCCUGAAAUGUGAACUGCCCGACUCUGUAUACAACAACAGACGGAGUAGAAAAAGAUCAACAACAUGACUGUCGUAACCAACCCUGCGUGUAUAGACGAUGGUCUUGAAGGCCAAAUAUCACAGGCAUCUACAUCCGGUAUUCAGUCUUUGGCGAUGUCUGAAUAUGGACAAUAUGACCAACUGCAAAUAGAUGAAAAUUCUAGGCUAUAUGACAACGAAAAGCAAAGCGACAUCAUAUUUGUGGCUGGAAUCAAUGGGGAUACCUUUCGAUUCCCUGGACAUCGCCGCGUACUCGCCGCUACUAGCCCAGUUUUUGCCGCAUUACUCUCCACUAAAGCAGAUGUAAUAGUAGUCGAUUAUAUAGAUCGGAGAGGCUUUGAGCAGUUGCUCCGCUAUUACUAUUGUGAACCAACACAGUUAUCAACUGUGUUUACGGCUAGGACAACCCUUAAUGCCGCUUAUAAGUUUCUGUGUCCCCAACUCGCAGAAAGAUGUGCCCGUCGGCUUGAUGAAAUGCUAGAUGCUGAAGUAGCGUUGGAAAUAUUACGUGACUUAAGAUAUUUAUGCGCAAGACUACCAGGAGCUGCUUCGGCACCACCAUUGCCUGCGCUUGAGAGCGAUGCCGCUGCUAGAACGUUAGCACAUUGCGCUAUGUGGUGCGAUUCACUUGCACACAAUGCACUACUAGUUAUCGAUGAUAAUGCAGAUGCAGCACUGACUCACGAAAAACUUGAGGAUCUCACAUAUGAGGAUUUGGCGUUAAUAGUAAAACGCGAUACUCUACGGGUAUCCAGCGAACUUGUUUUAGCAGAAGCGCUUGCGCGCUGGAGCACAGCUGCUUGCAAACGAACAAAGCGUGAAUUAACACCGGGUAAUAAACGUGCUGCGCUUGGUGAAUUGGCAUAUUGUCCACGGUACUUACUUCUCGUGGGAGAAGAAUUAGAUAGAGCUCUGGCUUUAGAAUUGUUAGAACCGAUAGAACGUGCUUUAGUAAUAGCACGUGCACGAAAACUCUCCGCCCCUGUUCCAGUAGGUGCCGAACAAGAAGCAAUGCUCCGUCGGUGGGCACAUCCUCGACCUGCUGAGCCUGCUGCUGCUCCAGUUUCUUUGAGCCCACGGUCUGAGCCACUUGAUGAACCUAAACCCAGCAAACUAUGUGGACGUCGACCGAAAAAACUAAAACAACCAUGCUUUGAGCCGGAAGAAACCAGAAUACCACCUAAGAACAACUGUUGCUCGGAUUGCUUCCAUGGGUUAAUUCAUGCAUUUGUCUGUUUAUUUGAUUAAGAGCAUCAAAUUUUCAAACAAGUUAAAUAGCGAGAUAAACAAAACCAAGAAUAUUUUUAUUCUAAUUUAUCUAAAUCUAGUACCUAUAUUAAAAAAAUGUGAUGAAUUAUAAUUGGUUUUAAAGAAAAUUCUACAUUGAAAACAAAAUUAAAUAACAAAGUUUAAAUGAGGCAGUCAUUUAGAAUGAUUUACUCAUUAACAAAAUAAUGAUGAUUAUAAGAUAAAUAUUGCUUCGAAACGAAGCCACAUUUGAAAAACAAAGGCUAUUAAGAUCCCAUUUAAUCAGAAUUAAAAUAUUAUGAUAAAUUAUUUAAUGUCAUGAUAGGUUUGAAACUGCUGAAAAUGAUAUCGGUAGCUCAGCUGCGAUAUUACUUGUUUUAUUUAAUUCUAGUGAUAAAUGUAAUUUAGUUCGAUACGUAUAUUUUAAAUCGCGUAGAAAAGGUUCGAAUUAACGUCGAAGCGUGUAACGAUUUGGUGCACAAAUAAUUAAAAUAGGUUAAUUUUGUUGCAUUUACUAUACCUGACUUUUUUUAAGUAUUCUAGAAAAUUGUUAUUUUUUACAUGUGCGACAUUGUGUUCAGCGUUAAAUUUAAUUAAUGCGAUUACUUUAUUGAUUGCAUCUUAGGCAUCUUUAUUUUAUAUUUAAGUUAAUGUGGUAUUACCGCAGCUACAAAAUUUAUAAGGUUGCGAAAAACAUUGAGAAGAAAAGCAAGGUAAGGAAGGGAUGAGUAAAAUGCUUGUUAUUCUUUAAUUGAUUUUAGUUUAGAUAAAUAUUCCUACAAUUGUUAAUGGUGCGCUAGUCUUAAUUUAAGUACAGAUGAAAUCUUACGUCUGUUUGUUGUAUUUUAAAUUUAGCUACUAUGAUUAUUUCUUCAAGUUUUCACGGAACGACACUGCCUUCUCUCGAGCGAGUUUUCAACGUCAUAUUAUUAUAAACUCAAAUAAAUAUUAGAUACAUUUAGAUUGUGCCAUAUUUGAUGUUUAUUAUAAGAUUAUUUUUAGAGUUUACAGUAAAAAAUAUAAAACUAUCUAUCUAUCUAGCUAUGAUAGGUCAUUUAAGUAAAUUUAUCGAUUGAUUAAUAAAAAUAUGUAAUAAAUGUUUAGACAAAAUAGUAUUGAAUGUAUUUUGGUAAAUAAUAUUAUCCUCUUUCUAUUCUUGACACAUGAACUGUAACACUAAUAUUUGUAAAAUUUUGACUUUUGGAAAAAAUUUUGAAUGUUAUAAUUAAUAAUGAGACUAUCUUACUACUAUGUAUUACCAAUUGUAUUCAAAAGCUUUAACAUUGAUAUGGUAGC